AUGUCGUUAUCCUGCCAGUCUGCAGCUCGAAGCUGCGUCCGCUCUCUGCGAUCCUCAUCCUCCCUACGACUUUCCUCGGCGGCUGUGGCACAAAGGAGGAAUACACCAGCGAGAAGAUGGGCAUCGACGGAAACAGCUGCUGCGAACCCCAAGAUCUCGGGCAUUGUGGAUCAGAUCAGUCAAUUGACAUUAUUGGAGACUGCAGACUUGGUUGCGAGCUUGAAGUCUCGACUUAACAUCCCAGAUAUGCCAAUGGGAGGAUUUGCUGCCGGUCCAGCUGCACCAGCCGCUGCUCCAGUUGAGGAGGAAGAGGCUGCUCCAGUGCAGCAGGAAAAGACACUCUUCAACCUGAAGCUGAUGUCUUUCGAGGCCGGCUCCAAGCCCAAGAUCAUCAAGGAGGUUAAGAGCAUGCUGGGUCUGAGUUUGGUGGACAGCAAGAAGUUUGUGGAGAGUGCGCCGAAGUUGAUGAAGGAGGCUGUACCGAAGGAGGAGGCUGAGAAGAUUGUGGCUGCAUUGAAGGAGUUGGGUGGCGUGGUUGUCAUGGAAUAA